AUGAGGUUUAGGUCUGAGAGACAGUCGAAGAUUCUAAGCGCCUCCAACGGGGAGGCGGGGGAGGUACACAAAGCAUCACUGAAGGCAGCCCAGGCCACGUUCAAGAAGCACGCAGACGGCGCUCGUGUGAAUCCGAGGGUCCCCAGUGCACCGGGAAAUUCUAAGGGCUCUAUGGACGGUUUGGUGGACCCUAUAGCCGGGUUGCAGCUUGACGUCUCCGGCAGGCGGUCCAAGCGGGGGCUUGUGGGGCGGUCGCUCCCUCCGGGAGGGAGUGCGAACAACAUAAAUCCACGGCGGAUAUCUUCGGGGGUUUCGUGCGGGGAAUAUGAUUACAAGGUGGCAGCAGCGGCGGCUGCACGUGCAGCGAGGAAUGAGAACGAAAGCAUCUGGCCACCAACAAAUGCACAGCAUGCGAGCCCGCUGCUGGCACUGCCGCCGCUGAAGUUGGCAGGUACACACACGCGCUCCAGCUCCAACAUUUCGAUGUCGACGUUGACAUCUGGCAACGGUUCGCACCUGAGUCUCGAUGAGAUCAUUGCUACGAUCAAGGUGAACGACCCGAACUCACAGAUUAGCCUGAAGCCUCCAACGUCCAGACGAUCCACGCAAACGGGCGCGUACCUGAGUUCCCGUGAGUCACCGCGGGGCGGGGUCGACAACAGUACUGAAAGCCUGCCGGCGGGCGGCAGCCAGUAUUCUCCAGGUCGUUUGCAUAUUCCUCCCAUUGUAAUAAAUCCCGCCCUAUUAGGUAAGGACUCGCAGGCAAUAUUGGCCUGUAGCGAAUCGCAGGCUUCCCCAUCUCACUGCAGCGAAACUACAAGCCCGCCGCCGAAUACAGAUGGGCCAGUGCUGCCUGUGAGGCCGCCUGCAGUGAGCAGUCCAAUCCAGAGCACAUAUAGCUUCCGCUCUUUUUCCAGCAAUAGGAUGCCGCGGCGGAUUCCCCCACCGUGCGAUCCACUAAGCCAGCUGACAAAAAACGAACAAAAGGCGGUCCCACAGGCUGCUCCUCUUCUAGAGUCGAGCGAAUACUCUGGCGGAGAUAGUGAUUACGACGGUAAACAAUAUUCCAAGGCGUGUAUCUCGGAAACGGAUAGCGCGCUAGAGGAUGACGAUGACUUCGGGAGUGGUUAUGAAAACUUCAGUAACGCUGAAGAUUACCUGAGCUCCCAGGAUGACUUCAGGGAGAGGAAUGACAACAAUGACAAUGAUGAUGAUGAUGAACUUGACGAUGACAAUCUCGUAGAAUCCGAGAACGAUGCUACGAUGGAACAAGACUCGCAGUCUGACGAUGACACGGAGUCGGCAAAAGAAUUCACCGUUGCUAACGUUUCGUACUCGACAUUGAACAAAAUCCCUAUGAACAUGACCUACCGAGGAACUCUUCCUGAUCUAAUACCAAACUAUCAACGCAAGCAAUCCAAGUGGAUGAAGCUUUUCAAGCGCCAUGGGCAAACUGGGCUAGGCCCCAGCAAGAAUCACCCGCCAACGUCACAUAUAUAUACGCAGAACGAUAACGCUCUCGUGCAGAGUAAAUUGCAUGUGCGGCUAAAAACCACUAUGCGGGGUAUACUUAAUGACAGUUCCAGCUCAGAGCCCCAUCAACUAAGCGAUGACAGCGAAGACUCUGAAGAGGAUUACGGAAGCGACCGCAACUCCCGUAGUCGAAGUCCAGGAAGAAGAUCCGGCAAAAAGCGCGAGAAGAUACGUCAAAAUCUUCGAUACCGUAAUUCCUUCAACGAAGACAAACCUUGGAAGUCGCACCUUGAUGUUGGGUACGUAACUGAAAGGGAAAGAAAGCGUUACGAGGGAAUGUGGGUCAGCAAUAGAGACACUUAUCUUGACUUGCUCCCAUGGUGGAAUAACGGUAACUACGAUGAGACAAGAGAGGUGCCAGAGGAUGGUCUAAUGUUGAACUUAGUUGUUACAGAUAUCUGGUCUCGAAGCAAUCUACCUCAAGAUACUUUGGCUCAAAUCUACGACAUGGUAGAUACAAGACGCGAUGGCACGUUAGAUAGAAACUCUUUUGUUGUGGGAAUGUGGCUAGUUGAUCAGUCUCUAUAUGGAAGGAAACUACCGAGAGAAUUGGAUCGGAGAGUGUGGGAUAGCGUCGAUAAAUAUGUUAUUAACGUCAACGGCAGUAACAAAAAUCCUAAACAUCACCACCGGACAAGAAAGAAGUUGCUAAAGAAAGAAUUGAAGCUAAUCAAAAAGGAAUCAAAAUCCCACAACGUAUGA